GAUGAGUCUAACAAUACCAUACAAUACAUGCCAUCAUUAUUAUUAUCGCUGAUUAUGUUGUAUACAAAAGCGAUAGACAAUUGUUUUGCGGAACAUAUGAUUGAUAGUAAAUAUACUAAUAAUGAAAACUAAUUGUUUUUUCUGUCUCUUUUGCAAACCCGUUCCAACUCGUGGCCAUCACUUAUCACAUGUCUGUCCUCCCGGUGCUCACAUACACACCACUAAUAACCACUGAAAUAGGCUGGUAAUGGCAAAUUCAACCGGGCCAAACUGAUGAACAUCGGUUUCCUGGAGGCCAUGAAACAGUACGACUACCAGUGCUUUAUUUUCCACGACGUGGACCUCAUUCCCGAAGACGACCGCAAUCUGUACACCUGUCCCGAUCAGCCCCGACACAUGUCGGUCGCCAUCGAUAAGUUCAGCUACAGAUUGCCGUACAAAGACCUGUUUGGCGGUGUGAGCGCACUGACCACCGAGCAGUUCAAGAAAAUCAACGGCUUUUCCAACGAGUUCUGGGGCUGGGGUGGAGAAGACGAUGAUAUGUACGUUUGUUUUCAAUGC